AUGGGGAAGCUGUGUGCUCUCCUGAUAUCCCUCUUGCUCCUGAAGUUUUCUCUUAUCUUGUACAGUUGGGCAGAAACGAGCUGCUUUUGGAGACUAAAGCAUGAAGAAGAGGAUCAUGGAGGUUUGAGGAAUGACUGUGAGUUUUUACUUUACCUGUCUCCAGAACCGCCUGAGGAAGAUUUGUAUAAUAAUAUGAUGGAUUUUAUAGUACCGACAGAGAAAUUUGAGUUUUUUCUGGCAUUGAUUUUUGCUACUGAAGAGAUCAACAGGAACCCUUAUCUUUUACCCAACAUAUCUUUGCUAUUUUCCAUCCUUGCUGGCCUGUGUUCUAAUACAACAAAAGUAAUUGAUUUAAUAUAUUCACCACAAGCAAAUUUUUCAAUAAUUCCUAAUUAUGAGUGUGGAAGUUCUAUAUGUGAUGUAUCACUUACAGGACCAUCAUGGAGUACCUCUAUAAAAAUGACAACCAUUAUCACAACUCCAAAGAUUUUCUUUGGACCAUUUCAUCCUCUCCUGAGUGAUAAUGUCCUAUUUCCCUAUGUCUACCAGAUAGCACACAAGGAUACAUGUUUGCUCAAGGCCAUGGUCUCUUUGAUGCUUUAUUUUACAUGGACCUGGGUAGGCCUGGUUGUCUCAGAUGAUGACCAGGGGAUUCAGUUUCUCUCAGACAUAAGAGAAGAGAUGCAAAGAAAUGGAGUCUGCUUAGCUUUUGUGAAUGUGAUCCCAGAUAACAUGCAAUUGUAUACAACAAGGGCUGGAAUAUAUGACAAACAAAUCAUGGCAUCAUCAGCAAAGUUUGUUAUUAUUUAUGGUGAAAUGAACUCUACCCUAGAAGUCAGCUUCAGAAGGUGGGGCUAUUUAGGUGUACAGAGAAUCUGGGUCACCACCUCACAUUGGGAUGUCACCAAAAGUAAGAGAGAUUUCAGCCUUGACCCCUUCCAAGGGACUGUCACUUUUGCACAGCACUGUGGUAAAGUUUCCAAAUUUAGGCAUUUUAUGCAAAUAGUGAACAUUUCCAAAUAUCCAGUAGACAUUUCUCAGAUGAGACCAAAGUGGAAUUAUUUUAACUGUUCAGUCUCUGAGACCAACUUUAGCUCAAUGAAUUAUUAUUUAUUCAACACUACAGUUGAGUGGUUAUCACAACACAAAUUUGACAUGGUCAUGAGUGCAGAAGGUUACAAUUUAUACAAUGCUGUGUACGCUGUUGCCCACACCUACCAUGAAAUUGUUUAUCAACUAGUAGAUUCUCAGCCUAUAGCUGAACUCAGAGGAAUAUUCCGUGACUGUCAUCAGGUAAAUUCUUCUAUUUGCAAUUUGAAAUUUCAUCAAGAACACGCAGCAGACUGCUGCUUUGACUGUUCCUGGUGCCCAGAGCAUGAGGUUGCCAAUGAGAAUGAUAUGGAGCAGUGUGUUCACUGUCCGGAGGAUCAGUAUCCCAACCCAGAGCGCACAUGCUGCCUGCAAAGACAUGUCUCAUUUCUAGCUUAUGAAGACCCAUUGGGGAUGACUCUGGCCUGCAUGUCCCUGUGCUUCUCUGCCCUCACAGCUCUUGUUCUUGGUGCUUUUGUGAAGUAUAAUAACACUCCCAUAGUGAAGGCCAAUAACUGCAUUCUCAGCUACAUCCUACUGAUCUCCAUCACAAUCUGUUUCCUCUGUUCAUUGCUCUUCAUUGGGCAUCCCCACAUAGUCACCUGCAUCCUUCAGCAGACUACAUUUGGAGUCUUUUUCACAGUGGCUGUGUCUACAGUCUUGGCCAAGACUAUUACAGUUGUCUUGGCCUUCAAGCUCACGACUCCAGGAAAAAGAAUGAGAGGGAUACUGGUAUCAGGGGCACCUAAAUUUGUCAUUCCCAUCUGUACCUUGAUCCAACUCAUGCUCUGUGGAAUCUGGCUGGUCACAGCCCCUCCCUUUAUUGACACAGAUACACACUCUGACCAUGGACAGAUCAUCAUUGUAUGCAGCAAAGGCUCAGCUAUUGCAUUCCAUUUUGUGUUGGGAUACUUGGGCUCCUUGGCUCUGGGGAGCUUCACUGUGGCUUUCCUGGCCCGGAAUCUUCCUGACAGAUUCAAUGAAGCUAAAUUCCUGACCUUCAGCAUGCUGGUAUUCUGCAGUGUGUGGGUCACCUUCCUCCCUGUCUACCACAGCACCAAGGGGAAGGUCAUGGUGGCUGUGGAGGUCCUCUCCAUCUUGGCCUCCAGUGCAGGGUUGUUAGGGUGCAUCUUUGUCCCAAAAUGUUAUGUUAUUUUCAUGAGACCAGAUUUAAAUUCUCUUCAAAAGUUCAGGGAUAAAUCACUUUACUGA